UUGUUCCCAUGCCAUAUGUGGCAAUAGCAGAUAGCGCUUUCCCUCUAGGGAUGCGUUUAAUGAAACCCUACGAUUAUCAUAGUCCUACACCAUUGCAAAAGUUGUUCAACAAAUCCUUAUCAAAAGCACGGUGUGUCGUUGAAAAUGCAUUUGGUAUCCUAGCAAACAGAAUGCAAAUAUUUUUGUCAACCAUUAGUUCCAACAAUCCAGACUAUGUGGAGCUAGUCAUUUGGGCAUCUUGCAUUCUCCAUAAUUUUAUGAUGGACAAAGCCCCACAAACUUAUGGUGUCUUAGAUCCAGAAGAUGUAGUUAAUUUACUGGAUUAUGUAUUUCGUGCACUCGCCAGAAUGGAUACUGGAACUAACAUACGUUUAGAGUUUGUGAGAUUUUUCGGCGUUCCUUUUUAAUUUUUUGUUUUGUUUGUUUUUUGUCUAAAAAUAUGUUACCUGUGCCUUUUGUAUUCAUUUAAAAUUUUACUGACAAUGGAAAAAGAGAAAAAUGUUUUUUCCUGUCAGUUCAAAAAUUAACGCAGCAAGAUAAGAUUAGGACAAUCAGGAUUUAUACGAAUAUGGACACUAAGAAAAUAACGAGCAGCGAGCAGCAGCAUCUAUUGAUCAUAUGUUGGAGGCGCACAACACGAAUGUAAUUGUUAAUGGUUUUUAAGGUGGUUCCCACUUAAUUCAUCUACCAAAACUGCCUUGCCAUUUGCUGUAGUUAUUGACUACACACACAGUCAUCAGUUGGGACCAUGCAAGUAUCUAGGGAUCAGUAUCUGGGGUAAUACUGCCCUUAAUGAUGAGGACUUCUACCUGGGUCGGGAUCACAUCAACCGUUGGAUCCGCAAGUCCUGUGGUAGGUUAACUAGCUAGCGUGGUCGCAGAAUAAAUAGGUACACCAACAGAAAGGACACUGCCGUAAGAGCCCCCAAAAAAUAGCAGUGGUUGCCCCCCAUACAUUCAUUCGUUUAGUACUCUUCGUAGUUAAUUUGUUCACCCCUCCAGCCUC